CGCUCAGUGCAGGGCUGAUUCCCUUUGCCGGGUGCUGGCAGAGCCAUGGCUGGGCUGCUGGGGGCCAGGCCGGCCGUGCCUCAGCAAGGCGGCUGUGGCUGGGCCACCUUGCUGCUACUUUUACUCCCCGUCCAAGCAGCCCAGAAAGCAGAUCUCAGCGGUGAGGCCGCCGGGGCCACCAUUAAUCACUCGCUGGCGCUGGUCCACCGGCUGCAGGAGCUGCUGCAGAACGGCAAUGCCAGCGACACCACGCUGCGGGUGCACACCGCCGGCUCCGACGAGGUCAAGGUCUUUCACACCCACCAGCUGCUCCUGACCCUGCAGAGCUCAGCCUUCGAGCAUCUCCUGCACAACCAGACUGCGGUGACACUGUACGAGCCGGCCGACAGCGCCGCGAUCUUCGAGAAGUUCAUCAGGUAUCUGUACUGUGGGGAGAUCUCCAUCCUGUUGCACCAGGCCAUCCCUCUGCACCGGCUCGCUAGCAAAUAUCGCGUCUCCACGCUCCAGCGUGGGGUGGCUGAGUACAUGAAGAGCCACCUGGCCAGCGAGUCCAGCCAGGGCCACGUGGUCGGCUGGUAUCACUACGCGGUGAAGAUCGGGGAUGUGGGCUUGCAGGAGAGUUGCCUGCAGUUCCUGGCCUGGAACCUCUCAGCUGUCAUGGGCGGCGCUGAGUGGGCCACGGCGAGCGCAGAGCUGCUGGGGCUGCUGCUGGAGCGCUCUGACCUGGUGCUGCAGAGCGAGCUGGAGCUGUACACCGCUAUCGAGGAGUGGGUGGGCCGCAAGCAGCCCGAAGCCCCCGUGGCGGUGCAGCUGCUGCGCUCCAUCCGCUACGCCAUGAUCCCCCCCGGCCACCUCUUCCACCUGCAGAAGCAGUCGGCGGUGAUGGUGCGUCACCACGGCGCCAUCCAGGACCUGCUCUUCCAGGCCUUCCAGUUCCACUCCGCCUCCCCCAUCCACUUCGCCAAGUACUUCGAUGUCAACUGCAGCAUGUUCCUGCCCCGCAACUACCUCUCCGGCUCCUGGGGCACCCCGUGGGUCAUCAACAACCCGGCCCGUGACGACCGCAGCACCAGUUUCCAAACGCAGCUGGGCCCCAGCAACCAUGACGCCAGCAAGCGGGUGACUUGGAAUGUCCUCUUCUCCCCGCGCUGGCUGCCCGUCAGCCUGCGCCCCGUCUAUUCGGACUCUGUCUCCGGAGCCAUCCAGUCCAUCCGGAUCGAGGACGGGCGGCCCCGGCUGGUGAUCACCCCGGCUAUGACCAGCUCUGACUUCGCGGGCGUCAGCUUCCAGAAGACCGUCCUGGUGGGGGUGCGGCAGCAGGGGCGAAUCUUCGUGAAACACGCCUACAGCUUCCACCAGAGCACGGACGAGCUGGCCGAUUUCCUGGCACACGCUGACCUGCAGAAGCGCACCUCCGAGUACCUGAUCGACAACUCCCUGCACCUGCACUUGAUUGUCAAGCCUGUCUACCACUCGCUGAUCAAGGUCAGGAAGUAGCCAGGUGGAAAGGUGCUGGGGACUGGUUGCUCAGGGUGACUCCCGUAGCCUGGUGCGCUGGGCCCAGACCCUGGAGGGGCCAGCCUGUGCCCCGCGCAGAGAACCGCUGAACUCACAGAGCUGGGAGUGGAGGGGCUCCUAGAUAGAAGUGAAUUAAAGCAGCAAGAUUGUUUCCAGAGAUGUUCCUGCAAGGGCAGCUCCACCCCUUCUGACUUCAGGAUCCCUCUGAACUAGGCAGGGGACGACCACGAUGCCACGUCUCCCCCAGGCCGGGCUCUCGGGGUGCUGGGAGGGUCAGAGCCUGCGGAUACAGGCAAAGGAAGAGGUCCCGCCCCUUGGGAGGACACUGAAAACCAAGCCCCUGAGUGUCUCCUUUCAAAAUUCAACCUCCACCCCCCGUUUUUAAAGCUAGUUCUGUUGUCCGCUGUGUGCACCUGCCCUCCAGAUCCCAAGAGGGAUAGACACACGCUGUCACUCCAGGCUUCGAGCAGGGAGGGCUUGUCUGCACUGGCAGGGUCCCCACCCGACACUCGCACGUGUUCUCCCAUCACUGCUCUCUGGGUGUCCCUCCAGGUCAGUCAUCCCGGCUCCUGGCCAAGGCAGGCGGCGGGGUGGGUGUCCCAGCCUGGCAGUGCUAGGGCAGGGCACCCUGGUGGGGGUAAGUGACCUGGCCGAGGGAAUUCAGAGCGUUCCCCAGGAGGGAUUCGCCCACUCGGCUCCCCUGGUUCUGCUGCACCUUCUGACCCAGCUGAGCCACUCGGUCUCCCAUGCUGCAGCACGGGAUGGCCCGACACUGGGAAUUCCCAGCAUGCGUUGCAUUCGCCUCUCCUCCUUCCAGGGACCUGAUGGACAGACAGACACCAGCUGCUUCUCUUUGUCCAGGAGGCCCUGGGUAUCGCCCGGGAGACAAAUGCCACUUACACCAACUUCCAAAUAAACAGCCGAAAAAGAGACUCUGGGUGGUGCUGCUUUCAGGG